CUCAACAAGCCACGCCUCUCAAGAGCGCAGAAACCGGAAAAUACCCCAUUGGCUGAGGAAUGCGAGGACGUUAAGACUGAUUGAUUUUGAAGUCAGCAAAUCAUGGCUGGCUUCAGACAGGAGGAUGUGGAGCUUUUCUAUGAGAUGGGAGAGGAGUUAGGAAGUGGACAGUUUGCCAUUGUGCGUAAAUGUAAAGAAAAGAGCACCAGGACAGAAUUUGCUGCCAAGUUUAUCAAGAAGAGGCGGCUGUCGUCCAGCCGAAGGGGCGUGAGCCGAGAAGAGAUAGAGCGAGAGGUUAACAUCCUUCGAGAGAUCCAGCACAGCAACAUCAUCACCCUCCAUGACAUCUUUGAGAACAAAACCGAUGUGAUCCUCAUCCUGGAGCUGGUAUCUGGAGGAGAGCUGUUCGACUUCCUGGCUGAGAAGGAGUCCUUGACCGAGGAGGAGGCCACACAAUUCCUCAAGCAGAUCCUGGAUGGAGUACACUACCUCCAUUCUAAACGCAUAGCACACUUUGACUUGAAGCCUGAGAACAUAAUGCUGCUGGAUAAGAAUGUUCCAAAUCCCAGAAUCAAGUUGAUAGAUUUUGGAAUUGCACAUCAAAUUAAGGAUGGAAAUGAAUUUAAAAAUAUCUUUGGAACUCCUGAGUUUGUUGCCCCUGAAAUUGUCAAUUAUGAGCCCCUCGGCCUGGAGGCAGACAUGUGGAGCAUUGGCGUUAUCACAUAUAUACUCUUAAGUGGUGCUUCUCCAUUUCUUGGUGAGACUAAACAAGAAACACUGACCAACAUUUCAGCUGUUAACUAUGACUUUGAUGAAGAGUACUUCAGCAACACAAGUGAGCUUGCCAAGGACUUCAUUCGCCGACUGUUGGUCAAGGAUCCCAAGAAGAGAAUGACAAUUGACGACAGUCUGCAACACCCCUGGAUCAAGGUGAUUAAGAGGCGCAAUGUGCGACCAGAGGAGAGUGAGCGCAAGCCGGAGCGUAGGCGUCUGAAGACCACCCGUCUGAAGGAGUACACCAUCAAAUCCCACUCCAGCAUGCCUCCCAACAACACCUACAUCAACUUUGAGCGCUUCUCCCAGGUGAUGGAGGAGAUAGCUGUGGCCGAGGACGGCCUGCGAGAGCUGGAGAAGAACCAGCGCUCAUGCAGAGAAGAUGUGGCUGCUUUGCUCUCCAUCUAUGAGGAGAAGGAAGGCUGGUACAAAGAGGAGAACGAGAGCAUCGCCUCAGAUCUGAAUCUGAUCAAACAGGAGCUACAGAGAGCACAAGCCCUUCGCAGACAGAGCCAGGAGGAGACACGGGCCACCAUGCUGUCAGCCAACGCCCUCAAACGCAAGUUUUGUCGGCUGGAGAAACGCUAUGAAGUGCUGGCUGAGCAGAUGGUCUCCGAGGUGCGCUGGGUGGAAGAGCUGGUGCGCUCGAUUUCUGCUGAAAACGACGCUCGCAGCACCGGCUUGGCAUGAGCCGCUCUGUUUGCUUUCUAAACGCGAUGACUAUCUUCUGUCUUUGCUUGGUAUGUGCAGAGUAGGUGAUGUAGAGUAUUAAACAGACCAUUGCAAUAAGCUUCAAGUCUUUAGGUUACAUUUGUUUACUUGUGCUCCCAGAACAAAAGAGCAAGCAAUGUAAAAUGUUUUUAUAUAAAGGCUGAGUGAUGGUGUGCAUUCGUAAAGAAUGAGCAAUUUGCCUGUGUAUUGCAUUAAGUGAUGCCAUGCAAUUGCAGCUGAAGCCAACAGAUAGAACUUUCACUCACCACAUUAUAAAUAAAUGCUGGAUCAGUCAAUAAAAAUAAAAAAGUUUAUGUAAAUUAAAAUUAAGAAGAUGCACCAGGUGUACUAUUUAAAGGGAUCAUUUUCCCAAAAAUGAAAGUUGUGUCAUCAUUUACUCAUCCUAAUGUCAUUCCAAAUCCAUAAGACUCUCUUUUCGCUCAUUGUCAUCCAAUGAAAGUGGAAAGGGACCAAAGACAGCUGUGGUCACCAUUCACUGUCACUGUAUGGAAAAGAGUAGCUUUAAUAUUGCAUUACAGAUCUAAUUUUAUCUUCCAAAGGGUGAGUAAAUGAUUUUUGGGUGAACUAUCCAUUUAACUAUCAAAUACAAAAAGCACUUAAAGCAAAGCAAACUAAAUUUAUAUUGUGAAUAAUGUGCUACACAGUCCUCCAUGAGGAAUGAAAAAAUCUCAGGAUUCAUAGGCUUAUAAAAGGUUUUUUUUGUUGCCAGUUGCUAAUGUUGUGCUGCACAUGCUAAUGUUGUGCUGUACUGAUGUGCUUCACCUAUGCAAAUGAAAUGCUAAUUUUAUGUUGUGAAACAAAGCAUUAAGCGAUGACUUAUCACAUACUAGUCCUAACUGCUUUCUUGAAUUAUUUACACAUAUACUGUAUCUAAUACUCUGCUUGAUAAAAAUUCAGGAAGCUGCUUUUGUAUCUAUAAAAAUGACGAUUUUAUGCUUUUCUUUCACUCAAAACACAUUUCAAACAUUCCAUUUUUCUUGCAUGACAUUCCAUGUGCAGAUGAGUGUCAAUAACUCGAUGAUAGGAAAUGAUUGCAUGCUCAUUUGUAAAGUCAUAGCAGUGCUCCCAUAUGUUAGUUUAAAGUACUGUACUUUCCCAUUAUUUUUUUUAUUUUAGUUUUUAUUUACAACAAAUUUGUAGGUAUGUAUCAAAAAGUUACCUUCAGAUUAAAGAAAUGAAGAAUACAAUUGCAGUGUCUUCAUUUGGUGUGUCUUGGGUGAGGGGUGCACUGGGAGGUGAAGUGUAGUGUCUUACAGAUGCAAACAUUUAUAAACUCUUUAUCUUAAUUGUCAACAUGUCUAGUGAUGUUAAAUGAGCCAGAGUUUUAAUUGAACAAAAACAUUUUCAAUCUCCAUUAUGACUUAGUUGUGUUUUGUUUCUCAGAUAAACACUUGGGUUUCAGUGGUACUGCGGACACAACUGUUUAGUUUAAAAUGUCAAACCACAGAGCAUCCAUGAGUAUAAUGAGAGAUGUGCACUAGACUCCUCUGAGAUAAGUGUAUGUCUCUGUUUGGCUCUGGCAAAAUGUAUAGGUAUGAAGUGUUAUCUAAAGAAUAGUUCUCCCAAAAAUUAAAAUUCUGUCAUUUAAACACCAUGUUUUUCAAAACCCAUGUGACUUAAAAAGCAGUUAUUUAUAGCAGAUGUUUCUAUACUAUGAAGUGAAAGGUGACCAUGUCUGUCAAGC